CUUGUGGCAGAGGAGUGCAAUUAAAGUAGAUAUGUUAGCAAUAAAACCAAGUGUUUCUUUGUUUUCAUUCCCUUUUUUAGCUGCUCUUCGUGUGUAAGGACGACAUUGUUCUGUGGAUUACUCUAGGUUAUGGGCAAGUCAGAAAGUCAGAUGGAUAUAACUGAAAUGAACCUUGCAAAAGAAAAGAAAAAACUGCGAUGGAGUGCGCUGGAAAUUGGGCUUGCCGUCGUCGCCGCUCUCCUUGCUAUCAUAGCUAUCACCAUGAUCAUUCUGUAUGCAACCUAUGAUGAUGGUGUCUGCAAAACUUCAGAUUGUAUAAAAUCAGCUGCCCGAAUCAUCGAGAACAUGGAUGCUACUUCAGAGCCUUGCAAAGACUUUUACCAGUAUGCCUGUGGAGGAUGGUUAAAGAAGAACAUCAUCCCAGAGACGAGUUCUCGUUAUAGUAACUUUGACAUUUUGAGAGAUGAACUCGAAGUUGUUUUGAAAGACGUCCUCGAUAAGGAAAAGAGUGAUGAUAUAGAAGCUGUCAAGAAAGCAAAAACGCUCUACAGGUCUUGUGUAAAUGAAACCGCAAUUGAUAGCAGAGGAGGCAAACCACUCAUUGACAUCUUGCCAACUUUUUCUGAUUGGCCUGUGGCAUCAGACACCUGGGACGUCGAUUACGGCACCUCGUGGAACGCGGAGAAGUCUAUCGCAGAAUUAAACUCUCAGUAUGGAAAGAAGGUUAUCGUUAGCCUGUUUGUUGGUACAGAUGAUAAAAACUCCACACAACAUGUAAUCCAUAUUGAUCAGCCUGGACUUGGACUCCCUUCCCGCGAUUACUAUGAAUGCGCUGGAGUAUACAAAGAGGCAUGUUUAGCCUAUGUUGAGUUCAUGAUUUCCGUAGCAAAGUUGAUCCGCCAGGAAAGAGGUCUUGCGAUCGACGAGAACCAAAUUUCCACAGAAAUGAACAAAGUUAUGGAUCUGGAGAAAGAGAUUGCAAAUGCUACAACCAAAGCUGAUGACAGAAAUGACCCUCUCCUGCUGUACAAUAAAAUGACACUUGCCAAUGUCCAGAAGAACUUCACUUUUGAAGUUAAUCGCCAGCAAUUCAACUGGUUAACAUUCAUAAACCAAGUCAUGUCAACUGUGCAAAUUAAUAUUGGUGAAACUGAAGAUGUGGUUGUUUAUGCUCCAGACUAUCUCAACAAGCUAAAAGCUAUCCUUAAUAAAUACUCUCCCAGAGAAAUUCAGAACUACGUGAGCUGGCGAUACAUAAUGGAUAUGGUAAACACUCUAAGUCGUAACUACAGGGACACAAGGAAUAAUUUCCGUAAGGUGCUUUACGGCACAACCUCGGAUGCUGCUGUCUGGCGCCGUUGCGCAAACUAUGUCAAUGGCAACAUGGAGAAUGCUGUGGGGAGGCUGUAUGUACAAGAAGCAUUUGCGGGAGACAGUAAACACGUGGUGCAAGAGAUGAUCACUCAGAUUCGCGAGGUUUUUAUACAAACACUUGAUGAGCUCAGUUGGAUGGAUGCAGAAACCAAAAAGAAAGCAGAAGAAAAGGCCAUAGCAAUCAGAGAAAGGAUUGGCUACCCUGAUGAGAUUCUGACGGAUACUAAUAAGCUGAAUGCAGAAUACAAAGAUCUGCACUACAAAGAAGAAGAAUAUUUUGAGAACAUUAUUCAGAACUUAAACUUUAGCCAGAAGGAAAGGCUGAAGAAGCUUAGAGAAAAGGUGGACAAGGAAGAGUGGAUAAGUGGCGCAGCUGUGGUCAAUGCCUUUUAUUCAGCAAGCAGGAAUCAAAUUGUCUUUCCUGCUGGCAUUUUGCAACCACCUUUCUUUAGUGCAGCUCAGCCUAAAUCCUUGAAUUUUGGUGGCAUUGGCAUGGUCAUUGGGCAUGAAAUCACUCAUGGCUUUGACGAUAACGGUAGAAAUUUUAAUGAGAAUGGGGACCUUGUAGACUGGUGGAGUCCAGCAUCUGCAACAAAUUUUAAGACGCAAUCUAAGUGCAUGGUAAACCAGUAUGGAAACUUCAAAUGGGAUCUGGCUGGUGGACAAAAUCUCAGCGGAAUCAAUACCCUUGGUGAAAACAUUGCCGAUAAUGGUGGCAUCAGACAAGCAUACAGGGCCUAUCAAAAGUUUGUAGAGAAGAACGGAGAUGAGAAGCUGCUCCCUGGACUUGACUUCAACCAUAAGCAGCUGUUCUUUCUGAACUUUGCACAGGUAUGGUGUGGGACAUACAGGCCGGAAUAUGCUGUCAACUCUAUUAAAACAGACUCCCACAGCCCAGGCAAAUUCAGGGUCCUAGGAACGUUGCAGAACACAGCAGAGUUUUCUGAAGCCUUUAAGUGUACCAAUACGGAAUACAUGGAUCCCGUGAAAAAGUGCCGUGUUUGGUGAUGAAGCUACAUAGAGCGGACUUGAAGGAGGAGAAGCUUUCCAGAAAUCAAGAAUGUUUUGAGGAUGGCCGGAGUGGAUUUGUCACAAAAAAAGGAACGAUAACAGAGACAUACCAAGCGAUGCAUUUUCUAGAAAGGGAGGAGGAGGAGGAGAAAACCUCGCUAAGGCAGCGACUGCCAACAAUUACUCUGACGAAACUCGGGAAAUGAUAAAUCACUGCAUACUUAAGGGUUCUUCAUUUCUUUCCCUGCAAUGAUCUUACCAUUUUAAUCCUGCUUUCCAUUUAGCCUGCAGAUUCUAUUUCAUGAUUUACCCUUUCCAUCGCCACGUUUUUUUCUGUGAAAGUGAGUCCUACCGAUUUCAGUGAAACUUGUUUCCAGGAAAGUGCAUUCAGCCUUAAUGACCUGCUGUCCCGUGAAGGUGUUCUGAUAUUUAUAAAUCAAAUGAAAGAAGGGAGCACAAAGUAACACAUUAGCUUGGACAUGUGUCAAGUGAGUCAAAAGCCUACGAUGUGGUUUCUCACACAUCUCCUAUUACGGCUUUGUGAGCUUGUGUCUCCCAAUGUGGCCUUGGGAACUGCAGGGCCUGGAGGAAAAAAGAACCCUAUAAGGGACCCUAGCGAUUUGCAAUUUGUAAAUGCUCGAAACUCAGUGCACCCUUUUUUUAAAAAAAAGAAAAGAAAAAGAAAAAGCAGUUUGCAUCUAGAAAGCACCAAUGGCCCCAGCCAUGGUGGCAGAAAGCUUGUCACACAUAAGGAAUUUCUGUAUUUACAACAAAAGACGUGCAGGAUCAGCAGGGGACAGGUGAGCAUUACAAUACAGGUGAGAUGUGGAACCAUAUGGGAGAUGGCAAUGCUUACCUGCAAACAUCUGGUUAUGGGUGCUGUUUCUUGAGAGGUUGUGGUUGGCACUGUCCUGUGCUCUGCUUUGACAUCCACAAUCACUGGAUGAAGGCCAAGCCACCAAGUAGAUCUUCUCCUUCCUCACUACUGUUUUCAUCCUCAUGGGAAGCAGGUAGUGGUGCAAAGCACUUCUGACUUACAUAUUACAUAUGGCACCCUUGCCCAUACAAGACGCCUUCACCUCAUGGACUCGUCUCCAAGCUUUCUUCUGUUCCUUUUCUUUCUUUCUUUCUCUUUCUUUCUUUCUCUCUCUCUCUUUUGUGUGAAGCCAUCUUCAUGAGAACAACCCAAAGAAGAAAGUGUGAUCUACUUAAGGGAUUAACUGUUGACCAAAUUUAUUGUUAGUUGCUUUCCAGCCAAAACCUAUACUGUAGAUAAUUUAUGAAAAUUUUAAAGCAUAUGUUGUAAUCACUACAGUUGUAAUCAAAAACUCCUUCAUGUUUUUUCUAAGAUUUUCCUGCUUUUUCUCAAAACUUUGUCUUUUUGGUUUUUUUUUUUCAAAGAAGACGACGAAAAAGUAUUUGUAAUAAUAUAUAUGACCAUACUUUUUAUAUUUAAUUCUGAAUUAUACCGGACAUGAAUUGUUAUAUAUUAUUACAAUGGGUGCAUUUUGUUAGAGUGUUGAGGUACAAACCAUUCAACAGAUGAUUUAAGUCUCAACACAGAGAUCUCUACUAAUAAGAUAUACAGACUGGUUUUGAGAAGAACUUCUAGAAGCCGGUUCUACAAAUGUUAGGACUUUCAAAUGUAGCACAAAAGUUGCUUGUGAUUCCUUUGAACCAACAGGACAUUUUGCUUCAGUAAUAAUGGUGCAUAUGUAGGCAUUUACAUUAUGUGGACCCUUACUAGUGAUAAGUCUUUUAAAUCUGCUACAAUAGUUUUCAAAUGCCCUACUGCAGGUGGCCAAGGAACAUACUGCUUCUGGCACUGAAACACACAGAUCUUUCCAAAUAAAUUACUACUUGAUACCUCA